AUGGUGGAUGUUACACCUCCAAGGAGUCCGAAUGUCGGCCAUAAAAACUCCGAUCGGCGGCGAUCGCCGAAGACAGCACAUAGACAUUCUGUGUCUGAAGGUCAACCAUUAAUGAUAUAUUUGACACCACCUACUCCAUGGAAACGUUCAACAGAAUCACUGCGUACAUCAAGUUUAGAGUCUCUGAUAAUGCCUAGUGGAGGGACCAAUAAAGAAAACCAGAAAGAAGAUUGUUCUACAGAUGAUAGCAGGGAAGAAGGGCGAACUUCAAGUGUAUCUUCGCGAACUGGUCGGAGCCCUUGUAUCAAAGAAGCUGAUGAGAAUCGCAACAGUUCUUCUUCAGUGUCAUUUGUUGAUCCACUCAUGACAUUUUCAGACAAUGGCUUCACUUUCAACAAAGAUGAAUUGGAGUCCAUUGAUGCUGGGAAUUGGAGUGAUUCGUCACCUCGCUUUGCAGACAACCUGCAUUAUCAGUCAUUGGACCAAAAGUCUGCUCGGAAUAGCUGUGAGAAAGCUAAUGAAGCAGAACGGACUGAGUUAUUGAAGGGUUCUGCUCAAGAUCGAGCCUUUGAGAAAUCCCUUGAUAAUGUAAUGGACAAGAUCUCAGAUCGCUCUUAUGAUCUCAGUAUACAUUUUGAUAAGAACUCUUUCAGCGAUACUGGAAGAGAUGAUGAAUCUAGAAGCUUAAAACAAGGAAAGGCUGAGAAGAAGAGGAAAUCAUCAUCAUGGUAUUCAGUUUUAAGUCCUACUUACAAAUCUCGUAGUGAAGAUUAUAAGAAAAUUUUCAAAGAUAUACCAAAUGAUGAAAGACUAAUUGUAGAUUAUUCAUGUGCCCUACAGAAAGAUAUACUUGUGCAUGGGCGCAUGUUCAUUUCCCAAAACUGGGUCUGUUUCUAUGCCAACAUAUUCAGAUGGGAAACUGUAUUGACUAUACCAUGCAAAGAUAUAUGUGCUAUCACAAAAGAAAAGACUGCUCGUGUUAUACCAAAUGCUAUUCAAAUUGCAACAGAGAAAGACAAAUACUUUUUCACUUCUUUUGGUGCACGGGAUAAAACAUUUAUGAUGCUGUUUAGGAUCUGGCAGAAUGCUCUUCUGGAUCAGCCAAUGACACCUCAAGAACAGUGGCACUGGGUUCACAUCAGCUAUGGAGAAGAGUUAGGACUUACAUCUAGUGAUGAUGACUAUGUACCUCCUCCUGCUCCAGAUUAUGUAAGAGACCGACAUACUGGAAAGGAUGAUGGCAGUUUGGCCGGCAAGGUAAGAAAAAAUUCAAAAUCUCCUGAUGGUCCUUCCUUUCUGUGA